AUUUACUAAUGGCCAAAAAUACAUAUGGUAUUUCGAAUGAGAUAUACAUAAAUUAUAACAAAGGAGACAUCCUCCUGCACGUUGAUGACCUAGACACCUAUUUUAAAGGCCCUCAGAUCCAGUUUAUAAUCCUUAAGGGCAAAGCUAAGGUUUAUUUUGAUAAGCCAGGAGCAAAAUUCACACCAAUAAAACUACUUAAAAGUGGAACACCUGAAGAUCUAGGUAUAGACAGACUUGAUCCGAUUUCCUUCGGUGAGCUUGACCAUUUCGGAGAUUUCAGAAAAAUGCUUGAGAAAAACACAACUGUCAAGGAAUUUUAUUGCAUUGCAACCGAAAAAUCCAGAAUAAUCAAAUGAAGCCCUGAUAAAUGUGAAGAUUAUUUAAGAAUUGUUCGGAGCAGCCAUUAUCAAAUGGAGCAACUCGAGUUUUUGAGCAAGGCAAUUCCUGGUCUUGAUAAGAUAAGUGCAGCUGCUAGGAAUAAGGUCAGUAGCUGCUUUAAGGAAAGAACCUUCAUGCCACGCAUGAAGCUUAUUUCUGAAGGUAAAAUUAACGACUAUGCUUAUAUCAUCAAGUCUGGCACAUGAGCUUUGGUCAGUAGUAAAAAUCCUCUUUCAAGGAGAAUAUCAGCUGCUGAGAAAGCUAUAAAGCUCAUUUCUAUCAAAGGCUAUAUUUCUGAGACUACAAGUACCUUCCAACUUGGAUUAUGUGGGACUUAUGAUUGGGUAGGAGAAGACAUUUUAAUAUUAAAUGACCUGCCCUUUCCAUUCUCUAUAAUAGCAAAGACCCAAGUAGUUGCUCUAAGAAUUUCAAAGCAUGAUUUGUUCAAUAGGAUACCCUAUGAAUUUAAGAAUAAUUUAGAAGAGCAAUCUAAGAAUAGAAAUAAAUGGCUUCAAAAUAGAGUGAAGGCAAUAACCAACACUUCUCAAAUUAUUUACAGGCAGGAUCCAAAGCAGGGUGUAUAUGACACUGUAAUGAAUCAGUUAGUCUCUCAAUACCCACAAGCAACUUCAAAUGCUGUAAAGAGCUUUACUAGACAUCACAUCAGCAUGACUGGGGCCGAAAACAGAGGGAAAAUAAUUAAAAGUGUGUCAAUGAACCAUAGAAAGUCCGAAGCUCCGGUCCUAACAAACAGAAGAAAGAGGUGAAUUUUCACUUCGUCCUAUGGAACUCAAGCCCCAAAGACCAGCCAUAAAAGAAGAGUAUCAUAUUUUAGGAAAGACAAGAAAAUGCUUCCUUUGGCUGCUUCUUUCAGUGGAGUUCAAAGAAUGUACACAAAAGCUGCGAAAGCAAGGAAAAAUCAUUAUAUUAACCCUUAUUAA